AUGUCAAAUUUAAAUCCCCAAGUGAUACCCCAAUAUGUUCCAUUUGAUCAAACAUACGUACUAUACGAUCCCAAUGACAUAGUAUCAAUUGUCUCAGUUCAAUUUACCUUGUUGCCAAUAUAUAUCAUGGUAUUCUACACGCUGUGGUUUUUAAUAACUAGAGAAAUAGAACCUGUAAUAGUAGUUGGGGGCCAUUUAUUUUCAGAAAUUUUAAAUAAGAUCAUAAAAAAAUUAGUCAAAAAUCCAAGACCUGAUUUUCAUUUACAAUUUGGUGGUAUUGGGACUGAUUUGAAUUACGGAAUGCCCAGUGCUCAUUCACAAUUUAUUGGAUUCUUUGUUGCUUAUUUCACAUGUAUUAUAUUCAAAAAAAUCCCAAAUUUAAAUAAAAGAAUUAAAAUUGGAAGUGGGUUGGUGUUCGGUUUUGUCGCUCUUGGGGUAACUAGUUCACGAGUUUAUUUGCAAUAUCAUACAUGGCAACAAGUAAUUGUUGGAGUUGACUUGGGACUACUAAUAGGUUUAUUUUGGUUUUUAGUAAGUACAUUUGUAAGAGAUGUGGGAAUAGUAGACUGGGUUUUGAAUUGGCCAAUUGUACGAGUGUUUUACGUGAAAGAUUCUUAUUAUUAUAAUUAUAAAACUUUUAAAGAUGAAUAUAACUUGUAUAUAAAAGAUAAACAAAAUAGAAAUAAGAAGAGAUAG